UACACCUCUAGGUAUGGACAUUGCAGGUACGGUCGCUGAACGCUACAGACAGGGAAACAUCUCGGGGAGUUGGUCUUAGUGGUGUUAGAUUCGGAGCCAAAUUCAGGAUUUUCUUGGACUUGUUUGGAUAUCUCUGCCAUGAUGCAACGAAGGAGGCUGACGAUGAUGAAUGAAGAUGCGGCACGGGAUCGAAGUCAAACUGUGGCCACGUCCCAAAACAAGCAUUACACCAUGGUCAUCAACUACAAGAAGGAAAAAAGACACAGAAUGUCAGAUCACAGUCAUCACCACACGAAACCCACGAGUGAGGAGGUCUAUCAAGAUGCCAAGAGAAUCUUGGAAGAAUACCUGAAACGCAAGCUGAAGGACACGGAACCACGUCCCUCAAAGUAUGGGAGGAGUGAGAGCUACAAGGCCGCUUCAAGGGCUGCUGAAGGUGAGGAUGAACGCCAGGAGGACUUGCAUGGUUCUCAGAAUGGUAUUGGACGUUCCAAAACCAUGCCUUCCAGUUUUAAAGUGGAAAAGGAUGGCCACAUAAAAAACAAAAGUAUAAAAGGAACUAAAAAAGUCAGUCUUGGGUAUUCUUCGCCUGACACUGAUUUGGAUGAACCACAUGACGACAGUUCACCACGACGACAAAAGAAAAGUUUUUUCAAACGGGCCACGGAAAGGCUGAUGCAUGCUUUCCAUCGAGACAAUAGAUCUGGAGAAGAUGAUGUGUAUGUUUAUGAGUCAAAGACAAACAAAAGGAAGAAGAUUAAACGAAAGAGUAAAAAUAAGGAUUUACGCGAUUCACCUGAUAUGAACACUAGACAUGAGAAAGACACUCACGUACAUAUUGACACGUACAUAUCGACUACCGGUAAUUGGCGUGCUAAAGGUGACACUUUGGAUAUUCCAGACGAUAAGUCGUCACAUCAUGACAGUCACUCAUCCUCUUCUAGAAGAAAUUCGGCAGGGAAAAGAUUCUUUGAUUCCAUAAGAAAGUCUUUCAGGAAGGUCAAAAAGGGUGAUAUACCAGAAUCAAAAUCUGCUGAGCCAGUUGAUACAAGUGAACGAGAACGAUCCUACUCACGGAGCAUUUCAACCCCGGACAGGAACCUAGCAGAGGAGGGAGGUCAAGGAGGUCAUAGGUCAAGAAGCAGUUCCAAAACACCAGAACCCAAAGAAAAGAAAGCUAAUGGCAGCAAGCAUGGAGACUCUGCAGGUCAGCGAAAAACGAAAUCAAGGACUGAUAUUUUGGUAUCGCAGAGUACAGAUCACUCGGCACCAAGAACAAUCCAAGUUCACGGUGCCCAUAUUGACAAAGGUUUAUUUCCAAAUAUGGUGCCUCAGAGAGGUGUAAUUGAAUCCAGUGUUGACAUAGAUAGGAAGUGUGUGACAAUCGCCGAUGACGGAUUAUGGGAGUGUAAUGUGACUACGCACUCCCAUCAAAGGACAAGGUUCCUGCCACAGACUUCUAUUGAAAUAGAUGGCAGUACAGACCUCCACGAUGAAAUGGAUGAGGUUGAUUCUCCGACCGACUCACCGGCUGACAAGGACGAGGCUAUUGACAAGAUCGUGAAGAAGCUGAUAGAGAUCGGUGACAACUUGUCAUCGGAGUCCGAGUCUCAUCGGUCACAAGAAGCAGAGGGCGCUGUAGGGGGCGCUCCAGGCAGAGGAGAUGGGAAGUUGUCAUCCUUGGAGCAGCAGAUCCUGGAGUGCCUGAGAGAAGGAGGAGACCGGAUGUCCCACAAUAUUGACGAGCACGCUACUGAAUUCAUUGACGGGGCAGUCAGGCAGACAGUGUACCAGAAGUUCUGCUCAACACUCCGGCAGUCUGUGGGCGAUGAAGUCAACUGGAACCAGAUGGCGCUGGUGUUCCAUGCCACAAAGAGCGCGCUGAAGGUAGCAGGGGUCGGGAGCAAGAAGGCCAACGAGCUGAAGGACCUGACUCUGAAGUAUGUGACGGAGAGGUGUGCAUCCUGGAUAGUGGACCAGGGAGGAUGGGAAAGUAUUGUCAGUGACAGUGAUUCAGAGCUUGAUUGAGAAAGGACCAGUUUCCAUAGCAACACAAGAGAUCUCAGGCUCCGGGAGCCACUGCAACUUUGAACGACAGUCAACAUUCUCAAUGGCAUCAGUCUUUCCAACAAACUUUUCAGGUGCCUAUAUGGUCAGUAACAUGAAUGUCUGUAUUCCCAAUCUCAUUAAGAUCAGACAUAUUUCCUUUGAUAAGAUACCUCUGUGCAUCAAGAUCUGACAACCUGCUGAUGGAAGUCGUGUCAGGGGAACUCGGAACAACCUUUGACCUCCCAAUCUAAAUGAAGGAUGAGUGGUUUCUUGAACCAACAACUUUCUGACAUAAUUUUACUGUAGUGCUUUGACUCCUCAAUUCAGAAAUUUUAAUUAAAGACAAGAUAACCCACACAGAACACAAAUAUUCUUUCGAUGGGCCUCCUAUUUGGGUGUCCAGUAGAUGCAGUGCUCACAAAUGACAGGAGGUGUAACAUACCCACAGGAAUAUAAUGGCGCAGCCUUUACUAUUUUAAUUCCGAAUUGGCCAUUUAUGUUUAUUUUCAAGACACUGAAAUCACAUAUUCUAUUCUGAAUGAUUCACUCGCUUGUGCUGAGAAUUUAGAAGCUUCAGUGCUGUUUGGCUGUUAGGAGAAUUUACAUGCUGCAGCCUCCUAUUGGGGAUGUGAAGAUCAGAUUUUAAUGAGAUUGCUAUAUUCCCUCGUCUACUUCUUGGUGUAGGGUGUUGGGAAGUCAGUGUAAAUGUCUCCAAACACCACCAUCUUGCAAUUUGAUCAGCUCCUGCAGAACAUCAGAUGUAGAGUUUCACCUUGAUUCCUGAAUGUUGUCUGUGCACCACAAUGAUGAAUUGGCUUUCCCCUGCUGAACCGAGAACAUUCAUCACCAAAACGUUUGUUUCAUGUCAAAUUAGUUUUUUAUGUGUAAAUAGUUUUAUGUUCACCAGAUGAUGUUGCUAUUUGGCAUUAAGAUGAACAUUGUAAUGAUUAUCAAGAUAAUGGUUGGGUAAGGGAUUUUAGAUCUCUGAUUAUGUUUGAAUGACAUACUAAAAAUACAAAUAAUUUGGACUAAUACGACUUCUAGAAAACCUGUGAUAAGGUUACCAAGAUAAAUGUUGAAAUUUUGAUUUUCAAAGAUUUGGGGUCAUGUUGGUUUUUUUUACAUAACUCUAUGAAUGCUGAAAUAUUUGUCAUGUUUCAAAAUGUAAAAAGCCAUGUAUGUUUUAUUUGUUAUCAAAAGCUGUCAAAUCAAUAAAUACUAACACAUAAAUAUUGAAUGGUUCAUUAUGUUGCAUUUUACAUGUUUUAAUAUUGAUAGAAAAUGUUAAAAAACAUACAAUGAAAAUACUGUAAAUCAUGUAAUUAAUGCAUCGCCAAAGUAAUGUGAGUGACGACCCCUGGGUUAAAAUGCAAUGAAAUUAAUGUGAGUACUCUACCUUUAAACAAAGAUGCCGUCGUCUGGAUGACAACUGUUAUAAAGUCAACAUGUGCAGACUUGACGCGGUCCUCAGUGAUAAACCGUGAAUUUAGCACUAAUUUACAGUAUUUAUUACUAAAUAAUGUUUAAGUUUGUUUAAAUUUGUUUAAGCAAGGGGUACUUGCAUUUUUUCCAUUACUUUCAUGACCUAUAGUGAUUAUGUCAACGUUAUGAUGGAUUUGACAGAGAUAUUACAAUGUUAUAAUGUGUGCUACCACAGUUUGUGUUUUCAGGAGGAGUUCUUUGACGAAAAGAAUGAAAUCCGGUGUAUGAAAUUUGCUCAUACCUCAUGUUAAUCAGUGAUAUUUUCUAGAUGAUUAUUUUAUAGAAUGUUUAAUAUCGUUUUUCUAUAAUGGAGUAAAAAUUUAUAAAUAUAGCACCUUGUCUGUGAUGAGUUGCUCAGUCAGCAUACACAAAGCCCAUAGUGUAUUUUGUGGUUGAUUGCUGUAAUUCGGUUUUUGAGAUGAGAGACUGAGAAUUUUGGUGGAGGGAAGAGAAAACAAGUAUACAUCAUAUUAUAUGUUAUCAGUCAAUCAAAACAAUUAGAUUGAUUAUUUUCAGCCCUUUUUCAAACUCUGGACUCAGUUGGUCAAUAAUGAAAAGAUUAAGGCAUUACAAUGUGAAAUGAUAAUUAGAAUACCAUAUUCUACCAAAUAAACAAUCACUAAUUAUUAGCACUCCUUGUAAUGAAUAAUUUGAGGUCCACUGUAGAUAUGAUAUUAAAUGUCACUGUCACCAUCAGCAUCCUCUUCACCACCUCCCUCCCCUUGCAUUUAUUUGGUUGAAUAUGGUAUUUUUACUGUCUAGUCUUAGUGAUCUAAUGAUAUGAUUGAAUUUAAAAGUCAUGAUCAAAAGGCACUUGUCGGCAUUAGGUGCUGUUUAGAAGAAGCAUGCAUUUUUUUAAACGGAAUAGCAUUCAUUCCUCUAUUCCUAAAUGAUGAUUCAAUGCCUAAGGAAAUGAUUCUAUCUGUUAACUAAUAAGUCUGUAUUAACAAAUGAUUCUGUAUGUUAAAUCUUUAAUGUGUUAUUCUCAUCUGUGUUAACAAAUGAUUCAAUGUGUUAAAUGAUUCAAGGUGUUAUAUGAUUCAAUGUGUUAACAAAUGAUUCAAGGUGUUAACAAAUGAUUCAAGGUGUUAAAUGAUUCAAGGUGUUAUAUGAUUCAAGGUGUUAAAUGAUUCAAGGUGUUAAUUGAUUCAAGGUGUUAACAAAUAAUUCAAGGUGAUGACAAAUGAUUCUAUGUUGAUUAUUCUGUUAACAAUGAUUCUCUCAGUUUACAAAUGAUUCUCUAUGUUACCAAAUGAAUCUUUAUGUUAACAAGAUUGUAUGUCUUAACAAAUGAUUCAGCGUGUAAACAAAUGAUUCAGUGUGUUAACAAAUGGUUCUGUGUGUUAAUGAAAGUGACAAUAUUCCAUAUUCAUAAGAAAUCUCUGCCAAAAGCAGAGUCAAUUGUACAUUUCCAACUAUAUCAUAAGCAUGUGUUUAUGAAUCAGUAUUAAAUAGUGAUGAUACCAGGUGUUAGCGAAAAGGGGAGCGUAUCCUGCCCCACUGGUUGCAAAUUAUUCUCUGUGUUAACAAAUAAACUGGAAUCGUCGUGGUGCAGGUGUAUGAGAUGUUCACAAUAUGAUACAGGAAAUCUGGUUGCAUUGAUGCGACUGUCAAGUGUUCCCACAAAUAUGAAAUUUGUACUGUGUCAAAUGUUGCUAUUUGUGAAAAUUAGUGUGAAUUAAUUCUUAAAUUUUCAUCCAAAUCUUUGAAACAGAUGUGAGACUGAAAGCAUGUGUUUUUACCAAACUGUUCGCGGCAUCUGAGUACAUGAACUGUCGAUGGAUGUGAUUCACAUGAUGACGUCUGGUACAGGCAGUGGCUGCAAAGUUCAGAGUCUUUGAUGGUCAGCGUUUAGAGAGUUUGUUCCUAAUUUCUUUCUGAACAAUCUCCUCCAAGCUCCUCACCAAUAGCAGCGGUCAAGGAAGGAGCAUCGUCCCCUAAAGCUGACAUGGAUAGUUGUUGGAGUCAGCGGAGAUGUUUGGUGACAGUGUGGUAACCAAUUUUGUUUAUUUACACCAUCAUAAAAUACCUAGGCACCUUGAUGAACUGCAGAAAUAUGAUGCUACUUGUGUACUUGGGUCAAAUGCAAUCUGUAGGCAUGGAAAGUAUCGUACUUCAUUCAAGAAAACUGUACCAGGUGUAAUAUACAUCCUUCGUAGUUAGUCUCAUAACUGUUGUCCACCACAAUAAUACAGCCGAGUACACACAAAAUGAUUUGUUAAAUCUGUUGGAAGUGGUGUUGGUG